CGUCGUUGACAAGAGAUUCAAUAGCAGUAACCGAAGUGAAUAGAAUCCACGAUUUCGGACGUAGAAUUCAGGCGGAAAGCGUUGGCUUUUGGUUAGAAAGCCGGGAGCCAACGCGUCCGACUCAUUUCUCUCUCUAAACUCGUCCUCCGCUCUCUCUCUCUCUCUAAAUUCGAUUCGAAAGGAUCGAAUUUGUACACAUAUGAUUAUGACGAUAUAUUUGCUAUUAUCCUGAAUUAACUUCAAUCCAUUGUGUCGAUUCGAUUAUAUUAUUGAAGUUUAUAUGCAGGACUGAUUUAUUGCAUAGCCUUCCAGCAAACUAGCGAUUUCUUUUACUAGUGAAGUUUUUAUUAAACUACAAAACAUGAGUUUUGUUUUCCGAGGGACGAGACCAGAUGUAGAAACUGGAUUUUCAGGAUUUAUUCCUCAAAGGCGUGCAGUGCGCGUUCAUGCAGCUCGACCAGUUAAUACCAACUCACUUGCUUUUCUUGUCACAGUUCUCUUGCUGUUCAUGAUUCUAAACUCACAGCAGAUGUCACCUAAUUUUCUGCUCUGGCUUGUGUUUGGUAUCUUUUUGAUGGCAACUAGCCUUAGAAUGUAUGCAACUUGUCAGCAACUUCAAGCUCAGGCCCAAGCUCAUGCUGCGGCCAGUGGACUUCUUGGUCAUACUGAAUUGUGGUUGAAUAUGCCGCCACCAACAGCGGUUGCAACAAGAGGGCGACUACAAGGUCUCAGACUUCAGCUUGCACUUCUUGACAGGGAAUUUGAUGACCUAGAUUAUGAAACUUUGAGGGCACUGGAUUCUGAGAAUGUUCCUACAGUUCCAUCAAUGAGUGAGGAAGAGAUAAACGCACUUCCUGUUCAUAAGUACAAAGUUGUUGGCCCUCAAAGUGGUGGCCCAUCAAUGCAACAGGCUUCAUCUUCAGCAUCAACUGAGAAAAAGCAAGACAUUGCCAAUUCUGUUGGGAGCAAGAAGGCCUUGGAAGAUGAGUUGACUUGCAGUGUUUGCUUGGAGCAAGUUAACGUCGGAGAAGUCAUUCGUAGCUUGCCAUGCUUGCAUCAGUUCCAUGCAAAUUGCAUUGACCCGUGGCUGCGGCAGCAGGGAACAUGCCCUGUCUGCAAGUUCAGAGCUGGGUCAGGAUGGCACGAGAGUGGAGAAGGCAGAAUGGAUGCUUCUUACAUGGUUUAAUGACGUAUGCACACUCAUAGACACUGGUGUUUUAGCUUAUUAAUACAUCCACAUGUAUGCAUGUAUAUUCAUGAAUCAUAGAGGAAGAAAAUGUCGCUAGAUUUGGUGUAAUUACCUUAACAAAAAGCAUUAGAAGAAGUUUCAGAUCACUGAUUCUAUCAAUCACUGACAGAAAUUGUUUAUUAUGGUAUUGUAUGCCUAAUGUGAGAUGAUCACACUAUACAUAUGAAAGCUGCUGCUUCUUUCACUCAA